GAAAACUUCAUCUCUGUUGCAGCAGCUCCUCAAUUGUCCCGUCCUCCCGCCAUCAGAUCCCAAUCAAAGUUUCUGCUUGUAGGUAACAAUUUUCAUAGAAGAAAUGGCAGAGUCUACUCAGAUGGAAGUUGAGACAGCAGCACAGACUGUGACGUUACCGGCUAAACCAACCUUCAAGCCUUUGAAGGCUCAUGAAAUGUCUGAUGGUAAAGUUCAAUUCAGGAAAAUAUCAGUACCUCCAAACCGAUACUCUCCUCUCAAGAAAGCAUGGUUAGAUAUCUACACACCCAUCUAUGAUCAGAUGAAGGUUGACAUUAGGAUGAAUCUUAAAGCCCGUAAAGUCGAGCUUAAAACCCGAGCUGACACUCCGGACAUCAGUAAUCUGCAGAAGGCUGCGGAUUUUGUACACGCUUUUAUGCUGGGUUUUGAUAUCCCUGAUGCUAUCUCUCUUCUGAGAAUGGAUGAGCUGUAUGUUGAGUCUUUUGAGAUCAAGGAUGUCAAGACUCUGAAAGGCGAGCAUUUGUCUCGGGCCAUCGGGAGAUUGUCUGGGAAAGGAGGGAAGACAAAGUUUGCUAUUGAGAACUCGACCAAGACUAGGAUUGUGAUUGCAGACACUAGGAUUCAUAUCUUAGGAGCUUUCUCCAAUAUUAAAGUCGCAAGGAGUUCACUUUGCAGUCUUAUAAUGGGAUCUCCAGCUGGUAAAGUUUACUCGAAGCUCAGAUCUGUCUCUGCUAGAUUAAACGAAUAGUUUUAAUGCAAAAUUUUGGAACAUUAAAUCUGAUUUUGUUCGAGUGAUCUUUGUAAUGAAAUUUUGCUGAAGAGAAUGUUCUGGUGUUCUUUAAAAAAUUUGUGUUGUAGAAUGAAAGUUUUAUUUAAUCUAUGAUGUGCUAUUGGACUCGUUUUAA